CUUCUCUUCUGUAUUUGCCAUGGGUGUUAGGUGGCCGUCUCGCCAUAUGGCCAGCCGGAGUCGGCGCGCGGUUUCAGUUGAGCCGGUUGAGCCAGUUGAGCUGCUAGUUUUGGUUGCAUCACCUGCUGCGUAUGAGCUUUCAGUUGCUGAAAAGACCGCAGGACAUCUAUUCCUACAGGAAGAAAGGAGAUGAAUUUCGCAUAUGUGCAAUAUUUUACUGGAACAGCACGACCUAAGACUAUCAUCAGUACAUCUGCAAUUAAAAACUUUGAACCGAGAAGUGAGGAUGACUACAAGAAGGGUCACCUCUAUGAUGCUUUGUUGACUCCAGACGGAGGGGAGCCGGGCUGUUUUAAAGCCCAAAUACUACUUUUGGCAGACUCAAAGUCGUCGAUCGAGGAGAGGAUCAAAAGGGGCAAGAGGAUCCCUCUACCUAAAGCCCUUGACCAGGUUGUUGAGCACAGCAGUUCGGAAGACGACCAAGCAGCUCUUCGGGUCGAAAUGGCUCAGCAGAAAUUGAAUCGUACAAGAGAAGCAACAGCAAAGAUGAAGCAAAUAAUUUCAGAAAAGUUGUCUCAGAAGCGCAAGAACCCACUUUUCCCAGAGGCUCGGAGUGCCAAGCAUGCCAGGUACGAAAGCCACAGUGAUACAGACAGUGGGGAUGAUGGUGCUGUUGUUCCCAAAAAGUUGUACGACGAUCUCCAUCAGAAGUAUCUUGCCCUAAAAAAAACUACAAGGGAACUUAAGGAAGACGUUGAAAAGAUGCGGACAAGAGAGGCCAAAAACACAGACAUUCUGGAUGUGAUUCUUGAGGGUGUAAACAGCAUCAAAUCAAAGCUCGAGAGCACUGGAGCAGGUGCGUAUCUCUUUCCUUCUGAAGCAUGAAUU